AUGUCCUCGGCACAACCAACGAACAACGACAACUCGAACGAAGGCGUUGUUUCCAAGUCAGCUACCGGUAGCAGCCAAAAGGAGACUGUGCGGCUAGUCAUCAUUUCCGACACUCAUGGGCACCACAAAAAAUUGACUUCCAUUUUACCAAAAGGUGAUAUCUUGAUUCAUUUAGGCGACUUUUGCAACAAGGGAUCCGCGUCGGAUGCUUUGGAGUUUGCCAAUUGGAUCACCAAAAUGGCUGCCAUUCCUAGCAACCAAAAACAGAUUUCUUCACAACAUGCACUCUACGAAGAAAUCAUUGUGUUGGAAGGAAACCAUGAUCGUACACGUAAAUUAUCUCCGGCGGAAAUCAAAGCGAAGCCACCGAUUGAUCUUACCAAGAUGUUCAAGAGAGUCAACUCGGACACUGAUGGCAAGGUGCAAUUCUUACAAGAUCAAAUGGUCCAAUCCAAAAGGUUUCCACUAAAGUUCUAUGGUGCCUCUUGGAAUUCCUGUGCUGGAGACAACUUUCCCACUCAGUUUGAUUUCAUGGGCCAGGAGCCACCUGAUGUCAUGCUAGCACAUCUAAACCCGUAUAUUUCAUCCAAGAUUACCUAUCCACAAUUGGAAUCGUUGGAGCUCGUUCAUGCUUGGCGAGGAGCUGAAGGGUUGUCCAGGACUGUCCUACAGAAUAAAAUUCCACUUUGCAUGUCGGGCCACCUCCAUUGGGGUCGAGGGGUGAUCCACGUGCCUCACAACAGGAACAAGCAACAACAAAAUAACAACGGUAGCAGUUCGGUAUUCAUCAAUGCUGCCAGCAUGAAAUCGCAUCGGGAUGCAGGCAUUUUGUACGAGCCAGUCGUCGUGGACUAUGACUUGGAACAGCGAAAACCGAUUCGGAUAGACUUAUCAUACACUACCGUUGAGAACUAA